AUCUCUCACCGUGACAUCCGGACCGGCCCUCAAGAAUCGAGAGCCUCCGCAAACACAACCCGAGGGCUCAACGUCCCAGUCGAGUCUCUCAACACAUCCACCACCACACACACACACACACACACACACACACACACACCACAGCCAAGAUGCCCAACCUAGUCGCCAUCGACGUCUCGGUCACGGACGACCGGAUCCGGCUGGUCUUCUCGGACCGCGCCGUGGCCGCCGCCUACGCCGCCUAUCUCCGCGCCCAGGACCUGCGGCCGCCGCAGUACCAGACCAUUCCCGGCUACCAGCGCUCGCCCCAGCUUCACACCACCACCAAGGAGGUCAGCCUGUCGUUGCCCAACUUUAUCACCUGGUUCAUCACCUGCCGGCUGCCAGACGACGAGGACGCGGUAACCUUCACCUUCAUGGACGAGCACGAGGCCCACGCAGCGCGGUGGGCCGACGCGAUGCUGCUGUUCGAGCCCGCGCCGACGCCGCGGCCGCGGGCCGCCUCGACCUCGUCCACGGCCGUGGGCGACGAGGACGACGACGGCUACUACUACGACGACGACCACCACAACAAGAGCAGCAGCCUCCACGACAGUUUCCACAGCCACAGCCACAGCCACCACGACCACACGUCGUCGUCGAUGUCAUCAUCACCCGUCAAGCAGCUGCACGUCCGCCGCCUGUGGAACCGCGCGCGCCUGCUCAAGCGCCUCGAGGAGCUGCGCCGCCGCACCCCGACCGUCAGGAGCCGCGUCGGCAGUCCCGUCUGGGCCGCCAAUGGGGGCAUCGUCCAUGGCUACGGUGCCAACGGCGGCCGCAUGCCCGUCGGCAUCACCGUUCCUGGCGUGCAGAGGGGGGAUAUUUGGUGGUGAUUUUGGUUGGUGAUUUUGGUCCUGCAGCGGUGGUGCAACGGGUGAUCUUUUUUUUUUGGCUUCCGUUCCGUUCCCCGAAUAACUUUGACGUUGAUUUUCAAUGUCAACGUUACCUCGCCUCGUCCGGACGGCACGGGACAGGGUUGGUUUUUGGGUUCGGUCCAAUUUGGGGGCUUCU